AUGACGUCACCACAUGUCAGAGUCAUCAGGGAUGGAGGCCAUGCUGACGUCACAUGCUCAUCAUCAUCUUCAUCAUCUUCAUCAUCUCCACCAUUAUCAUCAUCAUUGUCGUCGCCGGAACCUACCUGGCAUCUUGUAUGCUGGAAUGGGACGUGGGAGGAAAUUUCUGGAAGGAUUGUCGGAGAGGGUUGCAUUGAUGAACAGAAUUUGGCGAACAAAAUCGGCGAAUCAAAAUUCAAAUGGAAAUCUUCAUACGGUAGUUGGUUCUUAUUAACAGUUUUUGUAGCCCUGGGUGGAGUGUUGAGUUUCGGACUGAUGGCGAUUUUCUUGUCACACAAGAGGAGAAACUGUUACAAACUCUUCCCGCCAAUCCAAGCAGUGACCUCAGUCGCCACAUCGGCGACAUCCACGCUGCCAACCACCACAGUGAGCCAAACGACUGCAACCAAGGUCACAACAUGCCUCUCUAGACCAAACAGCAACAACAACACCAUCAACAACAAAAAAACUUUGCAACCACAAGAAUUAAGAAAUAAUACUAAAAACAGAGCAACUCUCAACCAAUCGCGAAUCAGUAGUAUGGGUCUCGAGUUCAACGACCUAUUUUUUGAGCCAAUCAACUGCGACGACAACGAGUCGUGUUGCCAAUGUUGCCAGAACAAUUUCAACAGCGAAAAUGUUGACACAUUCGUCAACUUCAACCACGACAACCUCGACAACUCAAUCAAAAACAACGUUUUCUGCCAGGAGUGUAACAGCUGCCUUUCAGCGGUCGAGCUUUUUACAGCACCUCCUCUUUGUUGCUCAACAGAUGUCAGCAACACUGAUUUCAAAAACAAUAAAUUCCUCUUCAUGAACAAACACGACAGCUUAUCGAAGCAGAACAAACACUAG